UGUGGCGCCAUCUUGGCUCGUUCUUGUCGCAUUCUCUUGUCAUGCGUAUUCGGUGUUGAAAUGCUUUUUCUCAAAAAUGGUCAUUUAUUCUAAAUGAAACUACUCAUUUGAGUGAUUAUCAUAAACUUUUGUGUGAUGUUAUAUAAUAUUGUUUGAUAGUUUAUCGUAUAAUUCAUAAAACAAUUGUGAACAAAAUGACUACAUCGACCACAACAACUACCCAAAAUCAACCGAAGAAUAAUGGAACAACAUCUACAAAACCACAAAAGAACUACGGGAAGAUAGUUUUAACGCUACAUAACUGCCUUUUACCGGAAUCGGCGUUUAAGGAGACACCCUCACAGGCCGAUGGGUUGGACAUAGACACCGAAACCGAUCUUCGUAUUUUAGGAUGUGAGAUGAUACAAACUGCUGGUAUUCUGCUCAAGCUUCCUCAAGUCGCCAUGGCUACGGGUCAGAUGUAUCUACAAAGGUUUUAUUAUUCUAAAUCCUUCGUGCGUUAUCCGAUGGAAACAACCGCAAUGGGAAGUAUAUAUUUGGCCUCGAAAGUCGAAGAAAAACCUUGCAGAAUCCGUGACGUAAUUAACGUCUUUCAUCACAUAAAACAAGUGAGAGCUCAGAAGACGAUAUCUCCAUUAAUAGUCGAUCAGAAUUAUAUAGAACUGAAAAAUCAGGUCAUAAAAGCGGAGAGGCGUAUUUUAAAAGAAUUAGGAUUUUGUGUGCACGUAAAACACCCCCACAAACUUAUUGUGGUAUAUCUCCAGUUACUCCAAUAUGAAAAGAAUAAACAAUUGAUGCAAAUGGCUUGGAAUUAUAUGAAUGAUGCACUGAGAACUGAUGUAUUCAUGAGAUUCCCCCCUGAAACUAUAGCUUGUGCCUGUAUAUAUUUAACAGCACGUAAAAUCGGCUUACCACUCCCUAAUAACCCACAUUGGUUCUUACUCUUCAAAGUCACCGAGGAGGAGAUCCGUGACAUUUGUGUUAGAAUCCUUCAAUUGUACAAGCGACCAAAGGUUAAUCCUGAAAGUUUAGAAGGAAAGGUGGAUGCCCUACGAAAAAUACAUCAAGCUAACAAGCAAAUCCAAGCUCAAAAGGAGCGGGAAGCUAAAAUGGAGGAAAAGAAGGCAGAAGCGUCUACUGCAUCAACUUCAAAGGAUACUAAACGUGACUCGAAGAGUGAAAAGUCUCCAAAAACACCUCCUCUGUCAUCAAAGUAUCAUACCAGUCAUAAAAAGAGGGAGAGAAGAUCACGGUCACCAUAUGACCGUAAACGAGACUAUCCCAGUAAGAGGCAUAAAUCCAGAUCUCGUGACCGUGAAAUGGACCGUUCCAGAGAACGACGUUCAGAUGAUAAGCGCAGUCGGAUCUCAUCGAGGAAGUAUGAUGAUUAUGAACGGUCAAAGUCUAGUAGGGAUAGCAGGGACGAGAAGAGAAAACAUUGAUAUUCUUAAAAUAAGAUAAAUAAAGACACAUUUUAAUCAA